GUUCCUUACAAUCUACCUCCUUGGAAAUGCUUAAAAGAUCCAUUUUUUUUCCUAUCAAUGAUUAUUCCUGGUCCCAAAGCACCUGGAAAUGACAUUGACAUAUUCUUUAGACCACUAGUUGAUGAGUUAAAAGAGUUAUUUGCCACUGGUGUGGAGACAUAUGAUGCCUUCAGGGAGGAGAAGUUCAUGUUACGUGCAGCACUUUUGUGGACAAUAAACGAUUUUCCAGCAUAUGGCUAUUUGUCGGGAUGGAGUACAAAAGGGUACAAGGCAUGUCCUGUGUGCUUAGAUGAGACGACUAGUCUAUAUCUUAAUAAUGGUCACAAAUGUUGUUACAUGGGCCAUCGCCGUUUUCUACCUAUUGAUCAUAAAUAGCGUCGAGAAAAAAAGCAAUUUAAUGGAGAAAGAGAACAUAGACAGCCUCCUAGGACCCUAUCAGGUGAGGAAGUCCUCCAACAACUUCUUCGUAUUGAGCAAGUUGAGUUUGGCAAGGCACCUGAUUUGCUGCAACAGAAGAAAAGAAAACGCGUGCAGAACAGUUCAAAUUGGAAGAAGAUGAGCAUAUUCUUUGAACUUCCAUAUUGGAGUACCAAUAAAAUUAGACAUAAUUUGGAUAUUAUGCACAUUGUCAAGAAUGUAUGUGAAUCUUUGGUAGGUACAUUAAUGAAUAUCCCUUCGAGAACUAAGGACACAUUGCAGGCUAGGGAGGAUUUAAAAGAAAUGGGAUUAAGGGAAGAGUUGCAUCUACAACCGGGAGGUGGCACAUCUAAAGUUAUGCCACCUGCAUGUUACACUUUAUCACGCCUAGAGAAAAAGAAUUUCUGCCAGUUUUUGAGCACUAUCAAGUUCCCGGAUGGCUUUGCUUCAAACAUUCCUCGGUGUGUGAAGACCAAGGAGUGUCAACUUUUAGGAAUGAAGAGUCAUGACUACUAUGUGUUCAUACAACGACUUCUUCCACUAGCAACUAGAGGAAUGCUGUCAAAAGAUGUAUCUCAGAUUUUAGUAGAGAUCAACAAUUUUUUUCGAAAAAUUUGUUCUGAGAUAGAAUUGACAAUUGUAGGCCUUAAGUGAGCAAAAUAAGCUGAACAGAUCAAAGCAGCAAACUGCCCAUACAGCUGGAACAAAAUCAUUUUUACGUCAUAAGGAUGACCGGGUCAGUAAACGUGUAAAGUAGUUCAUUUAUGAUGUGUGGUUGGGUUAUUUAACCUGUUUUGCUAAUAGGAAGCUAAGGAGGGAAGGACAGUUGGACCAAUUGAACUUGAUGACAUGACACAUUUUUGUCGAAAGAAGAAUGCUAUGGUUGAUGAGACAUCAGCUGAAAAACUGAGCAAAAUGAAGGACUUACAGCUACAAGCUCAAUCUAGUGGUGUAAAUCGAACCGAAGAAGACAUCUGUAUUGAGGUGACUGGGCGUAUAACUGGAUAUGUACGUGGUCGUGGCCCCUCCAAGGCUAGUUUAAUUACACAAAAACUUGCAGAGAUAGAAGAAUUCAAGAAAAGGGCAGAACAAGCUGAGAAACGAUCAGUUGAAUUGGAAGUUCAAGUCCAAUCUCAACAGCAGCUGAUGCAAAGGCUUGAGAAUCAACAAGCUGAAAUGCAAAACCAGCAGCUUGAAAUGCAGGAACUCCUUAAGGCUUUACGAGCAGAAUUGCAGUCCAAGAACCAAGGCAAUGGAAAUGCAUUUGGUAGUAAUAGCUGAUAAAUGCUAUUCAUACUAGCUUUUGGAAGAUAUCUAUGGUUAUGGUUGAAGAACGUUGAAGACAAAAUUGCCUUUUGCUCAUGGAGUGGUUCAUUUAGAUGUU